AUGUAUCAUAUAGAAUGCGUUAUGAGUAGAUGUUUUGGAUGGGAUCUUAAAUCUACUUGUCUAGUUCCUAUAGCUGAUUUCCUUAAUCAUUCUAAUAAAGCAUGCACACAUUAUAUGGUUCAUUCAGCGUUGGAAAAGGGUAGUUUUUCUAAAUCAGAGGAGUAAGCUAAUUUUCAAACAUAAUAUGUCAUAAAAAGAAACAAUAUGAAUAUGAAUAUUUUAGGUAUUGAGGCUGAUAAUGAGAUACAGAAAUGGGAAGAUGAGAAAAUUAAAUUUAUUUUAGAGAAUAAACAGUGUUUAAGAGAUCAGAACGCCUAAAAUGGUCCAAAGGAGUAUUAACCCCAAUUGUAACCAAAAAUCUUAUUUUUUGAAGACUAGUUAUAUGUAGGUAUUAAUUUGAAAUAAAUAUCAAAGAACCUGCUUCUUCAAUUAAGUAAUUAGAAGGAAAAGCAAGAGUUGGAUUAAUAAUUGCAAUUGUAAUAUUACUCAUUGCAAUUCAAUUGA